AAAUAUAGCAUGAGAAGGCGGCAGACACGAACCUAGUAAAUACAUCGGAAUACAAAGGCCGAUUCAAUCAGUCGUGUCGUAGCUGCUGAUCGAUUCGCACGUCUCGUAUCACGAUUCUUUUUGCCAGCGACGACGAGAUCUCUAUAAUUUUAAACAACGCGACGAUUUUAUUCUCUCGAAUAUUUUGUUCAAUUACGUUAUAUAUAUUAAUAAUACUGAUUGAAAUUGUGAAAAGAAUCCACGUUGACGAUUAUAUGUAAAUCGGUGAAGACAACCGGUAAUCGAAUACCAGUUGAAGAAGAAAAGGACGUGACAUUUAAAAGGAGCAAACGGAUUUAGAAAAUAUUUGGAAAACAAUGGUGACUACAUUGAUACUCUUAAGCCUUAUGACCAGUACUUUUGGUCAAUUGAUCUAUCCUGAUGAAUAUAACCGACUCAGAAAUUUAUCAACUAUUCCUCCGGAUUUAUAUUCAAAUAUUGGAAAUUCUAUAAUUAAAAGUAAUUCUGCAAAUUUACCAUCAUUGACUUCAUUACAACCUAUGAUACCCAAUGAAUCGCAAAAUGCAGCAAUUUAUCCUACUCAGAUGGAGAACACAUUACAAGGCUGGAGCGAUCAUGUAAAUAACAUUAUCAUUAAUGGAGUAUUAAAAUUUGCUUUGGACGUAGAACGACAGAUUUAUAGAACUCGAGAUUUAUCUUUAAUGGGUCAAAAAGAUAAUAUAAUUUUCUCGCCGAUCAGCCUUACAGUGACGUUAGCGAUUGUUUUUGCGGGUUCUGCUGGCAGAACUUUCAACGAAGUGUCUAAAGUACUUGGACUCGAAAGUGGUAUUGAUAUCUCACAAAACUCUGAGAUUGUUCAUCAGAUGUUUGGUCUAUUGUUAACGAAACUCCACACCAAGAUAGAUGGAUCUCCUGGACCACGUGUAGAUUUUGCUACAGCCUCAUAUAUCCAGGAAGGAUUUCCAAUAUUGCCACAAUUCAAAACACUGAGCAAUAAUGUUUAUGAAAAUGAGUUAAUCAACGUAGAUUUCAUAAGAAAAGGAAAAACAGCAAUGGACAUAAUAAACACAUGGGUAAAUCAGAAGACAAUGGGAAAAAUUUCAAAAAUUUUGGAUGAUGUGCCUAGUCCAAAUACUAUGAUGAUUCUUUUGUCGGCGCUUUAUUUCAAUGGUGAAUGGAAUCAACAUUUCUUAACAGGAUUUACAAAAAGGACACUAUUUCAUGUUGAGCCAAACGAAUCAAUUCUAGUAGAUAUGAUGUACAAUGCAGGCACUUUUCCUUUUUAUGAAGAUAAACAAUUAGGUGUAAAAAUUCUUGGUCUUCCAUAUAAAGGUCACGAAAUCUCAAUGUAUAUUCUUCUUCCGAAAAAUGCAGGUGCGAAAGUUCUUCGAGAAUUCCAAAAUAAACUAACAGUUGACAUAAUUGAAAAUUUAGUUAAGAAUAUGAAAAAUGAAACUUGUAUCAUUGGUAUGCCACGAAUGAAACUGAGCAGCACAUUGCACUUAGAACCUGUACUUGCUGCGUUAGGCAUAAAGUCUUUAUUUGAUCCUGAAUUAGCGGAUUUGAGUCUUAUAUCUCAAGGCAAGAAUAAAAACAAUCAAAAUGGAACAACUACUAACUCUUUUACGUCAAGAAAUAAUAGAACGAAUACACGUCAACAGAAAGAUUUUAUUUCUUCUCGUAUUUCAAUUCAAAAUGAAAGGGUGAAGGAUCGCAUGAUGAAAAGAAAUUCCUUCGCAUACAAGGAUAAGCUUCGUGGCUAUUCUGUGGAACAAUGGGCAAAUGGAUUUUCUAUUAGAAAAAUUCGUAAUGUUCGUGACGUCAAAGAGAAAAAAGACAGAAAUUUGUAUAGAAUAGAAGAGAGAACUGAAGAAAAUAACAAUCAUGCAAAAGUUAUAAAUCUUGAAGAAAAUAAGUAUCGCUUCCAGGAAAAUAAACAAAGAGGAAGAAACAGAAGACAGAGUAGACCGAUUAAUCAGGAUUUUUUGAAUUAUGUAAAACAAAAGAAUUUUCCCUCGUUUGGAUUGGACAAUCUAAGAAAUAGUGGCAAUUUAGUGAAUCCUCAUCUCUUCGCUUCUAAAGUUCUUCAAAAAGUGGAGAUUGAUAUCACAGAAAAGGGUACCGAGGCUGCAGUCGUAACUAGCAUUGUGCUAGAGCGUGAUGGAAAUCAGAAGAGGCUCAUAGCAAAUCGGCCAUUCAUCUUUUUCAUCAGGCAUGAUCCAACAAGACUCGUAUUCUUUUGGGGCACGUUAAAUGUUCCCACUCCGAACUAUCAGAAUACGUAAUCUGAAACAAGAAUACUUUUUAAUGACGAUAAAGAUGAUUACCGAAAGUAAUCAUAUUGAAUAAUUAUUAACUUUCUUUUAUACCAUUUUUUUUUAUAUUUAUUUAUUUCAGUUUGUCCUCAUAGCUCGCGUUUCUUUUUCUGGCGUUUCUUUUACUGCUAGUCAUGCGGGUGAUUAUCAUUUUUAAAUGAUUUAAUUGUAUUUUGUACAAAAAUCAUAAGAAAUCAGCUUGUUUGAAGAACUCUUUUAUUUGAAUGCGAUGAGAAGCUACAAAUAUUUACACAUGAUUUAUUUAUAUAGUUCUUCUUGUAUUCUAGCUUUUAUAGAUGAUAAAUCUACAUUUCCUAUUAGAACAGUAUUUUUUCAGAAUUUAACAUGAUAUUUUAUUUUAUUUUUAAGUGCAAUUUAAUAUUAAAUUGGAUUGUAUUUUUAUAUAUUGCCUUAUUUAUUUAAGAUUUCAUAUAAUCACAAUAAAUAAAUAUAUUUUUUUUAAUUAUAAAAAUUAAUUGAUGUAUAAACAACAAUGAAAAUAUUUUGGAAUAUAUCUUAAGUGAUUUCAAGUCAUUUUUUUAAUCUAUUUUUUCUUUCGACAACGAAUAUAUAUUUUUUUUAACGAAAAUUUUUCUUUCUGCGAUAUAAAAAAAUCCACUCUAUACAGAUGUGUACAUUUUUUUGUUUUAUUUAAAAUAUUUUACAAUAUAAUACAAGAUCAUAUUUAAAAUUUAACAUAAAUCAAAAAAAAAAUCAAAAUCUUUUUUUGGACGGUUAUACCGUAAUUUAUAACAUAUUUUAAUAUAUUUUAUAAGAUAUGUAAUAUUUUCAAGUAAUUUUACAAAUUUUAUCAUUUGUAAUUUUUUUUUAAUUUCAAAAUAUACGUAAAUAUAAUCACUUUUAAUUUGUUUGACAGAUUUAUACAAGUACAAUUUAUAGUAUAUAAAUUUCUUUAAAAUUUUAUGAAUGAAAAACGAUAUUUAUCAUUUCAUGACAGUAAUCGAUCGCAAAAAUAUUUAUUUUGCAUUUAAUCAACUAUAAAUAUCUUUAAUUCCUUAUUUUUUUAAAUACUAGCAGAACAAAUAGAUUCGUAGUCAAGAUCAAAUUUUAUAGAGAAACAUUACAUUAUUAUAAUGAUUGCUCUCGUGAAAAAUUUUUAAAUUUGAGCGUCACACGCAAAAAGAUGACAUUAAAUAGUUAAAAUGAUCUUUCAUUUCGUGUUAUUUCAUGACGAAAUAAAUUAUUUCAUAAAUAAUCAAUCCAUAAAUAAAUUCCAUAAUAAUGAAACGAAGAUAUGAUUAUAAUCACAAUAAUAAAAUAAUAGUAGAAAUUUUAUAAGAUUAAGAUUUCUUUUCUUCACAACAAAACUAAUGCACCUAAAGCAAAAGUAUUUAAGUUAUAAACAAAUAAUUGUGAUUUGAUCGUGUUUGCUGCUUCAUUUGUUAUUCUAUUUUUGAUAAUAUACAAUCUUUUUAAACAGAAAAGAAUUUACAAAAAAUUGUUAAAAAUAUCUUUCUUAUAUAAAAAAAUAUCUCUACUUUAAAAGAUUAAAUUCGAAAACAAAAAGAAUUUCCCUUAUUUGUUUUAUAACAAAUAUGUAUAAUUUAUGAUACUUAUGCUAGGCGCAUGAUGUAAUAACAUCUAGUAGUUAUUCAAGUAAUUAAGUUUCUUUAUAUCUUCGUAAACGUUUUGCACAUUCUAAUACUUUUUUAUAAAUAAAAUUUUAUUUAAUUUACUGCAUACUGUUCUGUUGACUUAUUAGUGGAAAUAUUUGUGUUAUUUUGCCAAUUCCCUUAGUACGACCUUCUCGUAGUAGUAAUCGCAUACCGACAUGCAAAUAUUCUGGAUGGUUAACAAACCUAAAUAGCACAGACGCUGUAUCGUUUGUCUGUAAACCUCUGUCCUUCGCGUCCAUUAUUCCUUUUAUAAUACAUGUUUGUCUUACAUUUCCUACAUGGACAGUUGUUUGAAAACCAGAAAAUAUUGCAGUCGCAUGAUAUACUAUUAACACAGUUGCCUAAAA